AUGACAGAAAAUUCCUCUUACUUUUCGAGAAAAAACUGAUGUGUACAUUUGUACAGUAGAUACUCUAAUACAGGCUGACAAACGGAAUCCAUCUAUGGGAAGUACUCACAAAAAGCAGUAAAAUUUGCAACUACAACCCUAAACAAUCGGGAGGUGAAAGGUACAAAACUGUACUAAGGGGGUCAAAAUAACAAUCAUCCUGGAGAACAACCGGUCAAAAUAG